AUGGCAACAGACACCGUGGAUGGGCAGAGCGGACAGCAGGAGGUCAUCCUAACCCCACUUGCACAAAAAAUGAACGAGAAGAUUAGCAAGCAGGAGAUGAAACUGAGUUUUCUACAGAAGAAGGUUGACAACAUUGCUGCUGCCAUGAGUGAUGUGAGCAAGAUGAUUUCCUCUCUGGAAGGCAAAAUCAAUGAAGAUAAGGGCAGAGACCUCCAGCCUUUUCUAAAAGGACUCAAAUCAAGAAUGAUUAAUGAAUUAGUCAAAGAUAUCGUCAAAGAACAGCUUAAAGUGUUUCAAAAUGAAAUGCAAGAGAACAUGGCUCAAAUGUUCAAGACUGUGUCUAGUUUAUCAGAAGAUCUUGAAAGGACAAAAGUAAUAGUCAAGCAUUUGAAUGGUACCCAAGAAAAACUUGCUCAGCAGAUAGACAGUGGGCUGACAAAGCUUGAUGUUCUGGAGCUCAAGAGCCAUAUAGUGCAGAUGAAAGAGGAGAUGACCCUCACUUGCGACAAGCCUAUGAAAGCCCUACAGGUAAAGCAAAAAUCCUUGGAAGAUAACCUGGAGCAUCAGCAGUCAAGAAGCAUCAUUUACUACGAAUCUCUAAAUAAGACCCUUACCGAAAUGAAAGAUGUGCACGAACAACUGCUAACAGCUGAACAUUCCUCCAGCCGAAAGAUCCCUUCAGCAGAUCAAGUCGCAGAGUACAAUGUUACAGAGUACAUGUUCGUGCUGCAUGAGAAAGUGAAGAAACAGGGCCUGAUGAUGCUGCAGAUCUAUGAUGACUUAAGAGUCCAGGAUAGCAAGAUCAGCAAUCUCAGUCUCACACUGGAAUUUCAGAGAGACUCUGUUCAGGGAGUCUGUGAUGACGUGCUGUCAGCAUGCAGAAAGGAUUUCCAAACACAACUGGCAGCAACCCAGCAGAAUGUUCUUGUCUUAAACAGAAGCCUCUCUGACCUGAUCCUUCCAUUGGACAAUAAGAUGGACAAAAUGAAUGAGCAGAUUAACGAUUUGUGCUAUGACAUGGAAAUCCUGCAACCCUUGAUUGAACAAGGGGCACCGUUCAGUCUGACUUCAGAAUAUGAGCAGCAAAUUGAAGCUGAAGCAAUUAACAGGAAGCUUGAAAACCUGACAAUUGUCAUGAACCAAAUGAGUUCAGCAAUUAGGGAACUUUCUGAAACUCAGGAAGGACUUAAAAAUGAAUCUCGGGCUUACCAGGAACUCUUUGAGAGCCGUAUUAAUGAGUGCUUCAUGGACCUAGAAGAUGGUUUAAAUAAGACCAUGGUAGUUAUAAACAGCGCCGUUGACUCUAUUCAAGAUAACUAUGUACUGAAAGGUACACUAAGUGCUCUGAAAAAUGAAACUGAGGUCUGCUGUGGCAAAGUUGAGAAGCUGGACACCCUUCUGGCUUUUGUUCCCCAGUUCCAACAGUUGAAUGAAUCCCUCUGGAUACUGCUCCCAGACAAGAACAAGCAUGAAUUCAUUUCAGAAGUGGCUCAGUCCCUUUCUAGUCUUCCAUAUGAUGUAUCUAAUAAAAGUAUCCUCAACAAUUUCAGACAAGUUUACUAUAUUUUGAAUAAGACUUCAUCAAAAGUAGACAAUCAACAACAAGAUAUCAACCACUUGGAGGAAAAACUAACUGACUUUGUGGAGGGAGCAAAGGACCAUGAAGUACGCCUGCAGAGUGUGGAGUCAAAAAUUUCCAAGUUUUUGGCAAAUAACUGUCUAUCUCUGAAAAGAAACAAAGCUGCUUUGCCAGAGAAAGAGCAAAUGGUCUCACUUCAGCUUCAGGCACUGAGUUCUAGGGUGAAGGCACUGGAAGCCAAGUCGAUCCGCUUUUCAAAUAGCUUGCCCCUUGUGAACAAGACUGCUCACGAGGCCUGGGGGCUCUGUCAGGAUGCCGCCAGCAGCAUCCAAGAAGUGAACACAAGUAUUCCUGUGCUGAUUAAACUUGCUCAGCCAGAUAUCCCACUGCUGCAGAGAGGCUUUAAAGAGCUCGUUGAAUCUGUGCUUGACAUAAAAGCAGAGACCAUCCUGAGGAACUUAACCCAGCACAUCAACAUAACGCUGGAAAGUGUAAUGAACAACAUGACCAAACUUCAGAAACUAGUGAAACCAGUAGUAAAGAAACCACUGCCAGGGAAAAAAGGCACAGCAAAUUUCACUGUGAGCCUGGCAGGCCGGAGCCAGAGAAACACAGAUAACUCUCUGGAUUCAGGACAGUAUUCAGCCUGCGUCAGUUCUCCCUGCCAGAAUGGAGGAACCUGUAUCAGUGACAGACAGAGUUUUAUCUGUGCUUGUCGUCACCCCUUUGGAGGAGUCAAUUGCAGCAUGAAGUUGGUGGAUGACAAUUCUCUCAAUGUGGAUUUUUCAAAAGGAUCAUACAGAUAUGCACCAAUGGUGGCUUUUUUUGCCUCUCAUACCUAUGGGAUGACAACACCAGGGCCCAUUAGGUUUAACAAUCUGGAUGUCAACUACGGAGCAUCGUAUGCCCCAGCAACGGGGAAGUUUCAUGUUCCGUAUCUUGGGGUCUAUGUUUUUGAAUAUACCAUUGAAUCAUUUAGUCCACGAGCCUCUGGCUAUCUGGUCGUUGAUGGAAUAGACAAACUCACUUUUCAGGUUGAAAAUAUUAAUAGUAACAAGUACACUGACAGGGUAAUUACUGGAAAUGCGUUAUUAGAGUUGAAUUAUGGUCAGGAAGUCUGGCUUAGACUGGCAACUGGCUCUAUCCCUGCCAAGUAUCCACCAGUCACUACUUUUAGUGGCUACUUGUUGUAUCGUACCUAA